UAUUUGUCACAUUUCCACCGCCACCAAACCUCUUUAAAUCCCCCCCUUUCUCUCUUCAGUCUUCCCAAGGGAGUUCGCCUAAUUCACACAUUGAAAUAAAACUCUCAGUGUAGGAUUUUUGUUGUUGAAGAAGACAAAACGGGUCUACCUGUGUGGAUGUUGGGACUCAGUCUCGACCAGCUGCGUACUGACAUGAAUCGUUUGCUUGCUAUUCUUUUCCACCAGGGUGUAUUAGACGAGCAGUUCUUGCAGCUGCAGCAGCUCCAAGAUGAAUCUUCCCCUAACUUUGUCUCUGAGGUUGUCAACAUCUAUUUCCACGAGUCCGAGAAGCUCCUCCGAAACCUCAGAGCCUUGCUAGUGGAUAGAGAGCUGUGUGACUACAAGAAGAUGGAAAUCCAGUUGAAUCAGUUGAUGGGAAGCAGCUCCAGCAUUGGCGCCCAAAGGCUCCGAAACGUCUGCAUCGCCUUUCGCGCUGCUUCCAACCACAACAAUCGCCCCGGAUGCUUAAGAGCAUUGGAGCUGCUGGAAUAUGAGUACUGUUACCUCAAAAACAAGCUGCAUGAACUGUUCCAGAUUGAGCAGCAGAGAAUGCUAGCAGCUGCAGUGAGAUAUCCUGCACCUCACCAGCACCUUAACAAUCCUCAAGCCUGACUGAAUGCCUAGCUAGCUACCAAAAAGUGUAUGGAAAGUGAUGGAAGAUGGUGACACAAUUUCACCUGCAAUCAAUGCAUGCAACCACACAAAAUUAAUUGAUUCACAUACCAAAUCCCACUUCCAAGGAUAUAUUAGCUUAUUUACUGCUUCUUCUCUGGACUGUAAUUCACAAGUCUAAACCAAUCUACCUACUGUCCCUUCCCUUUUACUUAGUGUCUAUGUGAAAUUGUGUUAUCAAAAAACAUAGUUACUGUCCUGCUUGUGUGAACACAAACUCAUAUUUAUUUAAUUUCAUUCUGGAAUUUCAAUGUUGA